AUGGUGAGACACACUAAGGGUCGUCAAAAGAUAGAGAUGAAGAAGAUGACUAAUGAAAACAAUCUCCAAGUGACAUUUUCCAAGCGUCGAAAUGGUGUCUUCAAAAAGGCUUGUGAACUUUCAACUCUUUGCGGUGUUGAAGCUGCAAUCAUAGUGUUCUCUCCUGGGAAAAAGGCCUUCUCCUUUGGUAACCCUAGCGUUGAGGCUGUUGUUGAUCGUUUCCUCACGGGAAACCAUCCCCCUGCGUUAGGGGCAGCGCAACUCGUUGAGGCGCAUCGCAGCGAGAACAUUCGCAACAUUAAUUCCAGACUCAUUCAGGUGCUUAACGAGUUAGAAGGGGAGAGAGAGCGUGGUGAGGAGCUGAAAAGGAUGAGGAGGGCUAGAGAGGGUGAGUGCUGGUGGGAGAAGCCAAUUCAGGAGCAAAGCUUGACACAGCUUCAGCAAUUGAAGCUUGCUUUGGAGGAACUGAAGAAGAAGGUUGCAGACCAAGCAGAGAAUUUGAUGUUUCAAAAUUCUCGACAGUUCUUGACUACUGCGAACGAUGGCUUUGAUGCUGGACUUAUGCUUCCCAGUACAGCAGCCGCUGGUCCUAAUUUUCUUGGCCAGAGAACUCUUCCAGAUGGAAAUGUUGUUCUCUCAGGUCCAAGCGAAAGCAAUAUGGCUAAUCCAUACAGUAUGAAUACAGCCAUGUUUGGACCAAAUAUGAUGCCUCCUCCUCCUUCAUACGAUGCACAAGGAUAUGGACAUGGACAUGGAUUUUACUAG